AUGUGUAUUUAUGACAUAUUUUCAAGCAACGGUGAGGUGGAGGGUGAAAAGAGAUUAUUGUACUUGGGAGACCUGGUGGCAAUAUUCAAUGAUCUAGGAAACGGAUCCAGAAAAUUUUCCGCAGUUCUGGAGGGGACUGCUUCAUCCCUGUCAGCCUUGCUUGAUGAUGUCAAAAUAUCAAAAGAAGUCUACAAAGGCAAUCAUCCCAAUGAGCUGGAGUAUGAGGGAGAGUAUCUAGAGUGCAUUGAAAAAUGGGAAAAAAUCGUAGAGGCUUUAGAAGAAAUGUCUAUAAAACUUGAGGGUUUUUCAGAGAGUAUACUUAAUAAACACGUGCCAGAAAUAGAAGCAUGCGUGGAAUCAAUCGAACAACGGGAAGAAAUACCAACACAUAUUGGACAAACAAGAAUGACGCCAGAUGAAUUCAUGCAAGUACUACGUUAUUUCCCAGUCCCAGAUACGGAAAGGAAAAUGAAGGAACUAAAACUGCGCAAGAACCUCAUUUAUGCGCAUAGUGAAUUUAAAUGUGCAAAGAAGUCCCUGGAAGAUUUAGAAAUGCUGGAUGUCGGAGAGGGAAUGUCAUCGCUACUAACAAAAGCAAACAAUCGUAUUAAUUUAACCCGAAGGCUUUUAGCCACUGCUAUAGAAGAACUCGCAAACAAGGAUGCUGUAUACAAGGCAUUUUUAACGGAAUACAUCGUCGCAUUGAAUAGUCCACUAACUGAAGAACACAAAAGCAGUGAAUACAAGAAAAAAUUUCAUGCACUCACACUACCCGAAACACAAAUGGCGAGGGUAAAUGAAAGAUCAUCGAACAUGAAGAAGCAGGAAUAUGAAAAGUUUAAGAAUUGUACAGAGAUUUUAGGUUACAUAACCGAUGAUUUUACAAAUACAGUGUCUAAUUGCUAA